UUUGUUUUUUUCUAAUUCGCAUUCGCACAAAAUUCAUCCGCAGAAACAAAAGUGGAUGUAGGAGGAAAAUAAAUUUGUAAUUAUGAAAUAUCAAAUUUAAGUUUUAUCUUACACUUAAUGUUUAUUUGUUCUUAAUUUUAAGCUUUAAUUAAAUAUUUAAGAAGUGAAAAUUUAAAAAAGAUUUUAUAUAUUUUUGUGAUAAAACAUCAAUGAAAAGUAGCAUGAUUUGCAUAUCAAAAAUUUUUAUCUUCUCAAUGUGAAGUGUUGGCAGUAGAUCAACAGAAAAGUGAUGAGGUUUGAAUAUGAAUUGCUGUCCCAAGAUGAAGAAGAAAAACGGCCUGCCAGAAGGAAAUCAAAUACAUCCUCGGGAGGGGGAACGCAAGGAUUAAAAGUAUCAUUUUUGUGCUUAAUAGCAUGCGUAAUUCUGAUAUUAUUAGUUUUAGGUUUAUAUAUGGAUUCUAUGAGUCCUGUGUUGGAACGUAUAGUUUUAAAAUUUGGCUAUGAAAGACCACAGUAUGCAGUAGUUAUUGAUGCUGGAUCUACAGCAAGUCGAGUAGUAGCAUUUAAAUUCCAUAAAAGCUACAUAGAUAAUAAAUUACAUCUUGACAAAGAACUGUUUGUAGAACGUAAGCCUGGCUUAUCUUCAUUUUCUAAAAAUCCAGCUAAGGGGGCGCAUUCGAUAGAACUUUUGUUGGAUGAAGCAAAACAUUUUAUACCAAAAGAAAAAUGGUCAGAUACUCCUUUAGUUCUCAAAGCAACAGCUGGAUUGCGAUUAUUGCCCGGACAUGAAGCAAAUGACCUCUUAAGUGCAGUUAGAGAAUUAUUCGUUAAAUCUGAAUUUUUGGUAGAUGAAAAUGCUGUAGAAAUAAUGGAUGGUACUGAUGAAGGAAUUUAUGCUUGGUUUACAUUAAAUUUAUUACUAGGAAGAUUGUCCAAGAGUAGCCAAGCAGCUUCUUUAGAUUUAGGUGGCGGAAGCACACAAGUUACAUUUUCUCCAGCAGAUGCCGCACAAAUUCCUAUUUAUGAAAAAUAUAUUGUACCGGUUCAUGUUUUUAAUAAGGAAAUUAAUGUUUUUACGCAUAGUUAUUUGGGAUUAGGACUAAUGGCUGUGAGACACUCUGUCUUUACACAUAAUUUACAUAAAAGUCAAACUUCUAUCGAAAGUUCUUGUGUCAAUCCAAUUAUACAAAAUAAAACAUGGAUCUAUGAUAACACUGAAUAUUCAAUUAGUGGUAAAGAUAAUUCAGCAUCAACUUUUGAAAAUCCAGUUGUAGAUUUUGAUGUUUGUUUAAAUAGCAUAAAAAGUAUUGUUUUACCAUUAAUUAAGCCGAAACCGAUAACGUUAAAGCAUCAUGUAAUUGCUGCAUUCAGUUAUUUCUUUGAACGGGCAAUUGAAUCUGGCUUGCUAGACUUAGAAGGAGGUGAAAUAACUGUUGGAAAAUUUCGUGAUGGUGCUAAAGAAGUUUGUAAACAAGCUAACACUGAUCAGCCCUUUAUGUGUAUUGAUUUAACAUACAUUUCGACACUUCUUCGAGAAGGCUAUGGUUUGGAUAAUACAAAGAAAAUUAAAUUGUACAAAAAAAUUGACGGACAUAAUGUAUCAUGGGCAUUAGGCUUAGCAUACAAUUUAUUAACAACGAAUGAAAGAUAUCAUUCUUCUUAACAAAAUAUAUACGAAAUUAUUGGAAAAUAGUAAAUAAAAUUUCUUAUUACAAAUACGUAAUUCUGUAUAAUUCCGUUCUCUAUUUUGUUUAAGCAUUGUGAAACGUAUUCGUAUAAUAAUUUAUCUAAAUUGUCAUUCCUAUUGUUUUCUUGUAAAUACAUACAUACAUAUUUAGAAAAUUAAAAACUUGAGCAGUAAAAUUUCUUGUUUUUGAUUAAGAUAUUCAUAAAUCUGAUAUCAUACAUACAAAUGUAAUGAUUUAAAUUUAAGAAAUAAGUUUUUUUUUUGAAUAUUGGCAUAAAAUGUUUUGUAUUCAAUUGUGGUAAUUAGUUUUUUGUUAAGUUUUGUGAAAAAUAUCUUUAAAAAUUCUUGUUCUUAUUGUUUGAUCCGCUAUUUAAUUUUGUCUAUUUACUAUUUAAUAUAUUUAAUAUAUAUAGUACAUAGUUUAUAUAGUAAUUUUUUUCUUUAACAAAAUGUAAAAAGCAAAGCUAGAAUUUAAAUAUAAAUUAGAUAGAAUUCUAAAAUAAUAAGGAUUU